GUCCUUUCUCUUUUCUUUCUCUGUCAAACCCCCCAAAACCACCAAAAAAAAAAAUACAGUAAAAAAUGUCUUCUCCAAGCAAACGCAGAGAGAUGGACUUAAUGAAGCUGAUGAUGAGUGAUUAUAAGGUUGAGAUGAUCAAUGAUGGCAUGCAAGAGUUUUAUGUGGACUUCACUGGACCAACUGAUAGUCCUUACCAUGGAGGUGUUUGGAGAAUAAGAGUAGAGUUGCCAGAUGCUUAUCCAUAUAAAUCUCCAUCGAUUGGUUUUAUUAAUAAGAUCUACCACCCAAAUGUUGAUGAAAUGUCUGGUUCGGUUUGUUUGGAUGUUAUUAAUCAGACCUGGAGUCCAAUGUUUGAUCUUGUAAAUGUUUUUGAAGUAUUUCUACCGCAACUUCUUUUGUAUCCCAACCCAUCGGACCCAUUGAAUGGAGAGGCUGCGGCUCUAAUGAUGCGUGAUAAAGCUGCUUAUGAGCAAAGGGUUAAAGGUUUUGUGAUUCUUUUUAUU